UUGCUGGCCGUAGACCUGGAGGCGCUGGCCGGCAGUCUUUCCGCACUGCCGCUCCACACGCUGCUAUCCCUGGAGCCACACUACCUGGCGGGCCUGGAUCCAGAGGCACCGGCCACCGGCACAACGAGCGGACCCGACCCUACGGUAACGGAGCAACGGCAACCUGGGAGCGCUGCUACGACCCCCACGGCGGCAGUAGCGGCAGCAGCACCUGCUAUACCAGCACAUGCGGCGGCGGCGGCGCCAGCAGUUGUGGGGUGUGUGCCUUCCGGCCGACUGGUGGCCUGUGCACCGCCAGCACCAGCAGCCCAGCUGGCUGGAGCAACCCGUGGUCCGCUCGGAGGACACCCCGGCGGGAAGCCACCGCACUCCAGUGCUGCGCUGCUACCUAAGGCGCCGGGGUUGCAACGGGGGCCAACACCAGUAGUGGCGACUAGCGACUCAAGUGCUGGCGGCGGUGCAGCUAAUGCUGGGGCGGUUGUGGACGACGAGCUGCGGCUGCUACUGGGCCUGCCGGUGGGGACUAACGAUGGUCCCACGGCCAAGGUGGCUGUUGUUACAAACUAA